AUGGUGUACUCUAUUGUUACUAGCUCAUCAUUUGUACCGGCUAUUCAUGGUUCAUUUGCGGCUGCGCCGCCUCUGCCGGAAUCGCUUGCUGUAAAAUCCGGUUCUGUUGGUACAGGGGAAUCAAUUGCGGCAAUUGUUGAGGCCCCAGCUAGAGGUAGGGGUAGAUCUCAAGCUAGGGGUCGUGAUAGUAGUGCGACAGUAGCAACACCAGUGAGAGGUCGUGGACGUGGAGCAACACCAGUGAGAGGUCGUGCUAGAGAGGUCUCUACAGAACCUCAUAUUGAUGGCAGAGAGGACCAAGUUCCUCCAGAUCCUGUAGUCACACCUUUGCUUCAGGAUACACUAUUGAGGGUGUUAAAUGUGCUAGAGGGCUUUUCUCAGGAUGGUGUGGCGACUACCACACCACAUGACUAUUGUACUAGAGAGGGGGCUCAGACCCAAGAGCAACAACCAUCUCCAAUUGUUCAGGAUGCGGUGAGGUCAGCUGUGUUUUGGGCAUCUAGGGAGGGGGCUUCUUUCCAGUCCAUUGUGAGCGCCACCAAAGAGGCGGAAUUGAUGGAGAGAGAGGAGUUUGGGGACCCUAAAAGGUCCUGUAUAUCAGGCCAGUUUUAUGGUGCCUCAUCUGUAGGUAGGGGAUCAUAG